ACAACCUUCAGCAUUGUACACAUCCCGCCGACCACUUCGGAGAAGAUUCCAACGAACGUUGCAAAAACAUCCACCGAUCACAAUGAAGUCUUUCAUCGCCAUCACCCUCGCCGCUGCUGCGAGCGCCGCAGCUAUGCCGGCGCCAGUCCCUCAAGCCGGCACCAGCUCUCCUCAGCCAUUUCUGGGCCAAGCACUUGCUGAAGGCACAGCAAUUCACCAAAUGUUUAUCAACGCGAAUGGUCUAAAAUUCUGGAUCGGCAAGAACACCACAACAUAUUGCCCAGAAGACUCAGUAGCAGCAGAUGCAUGCGCGACCGCGAACAAGAACCAGACCAUCUUUGGAUACCUCAAUGGAGAGUCCCAGCUGCCGCUGUUGACUCAAGUGCCAGGCGGCCAGCUGGCAUAUGUCACCGCGGGCGAUCAGACGGCUGGAAUACUUGCCGGUGAGCUGAGGUUUACCCCGGCACACUCUGGCCGGACCAACGGCCCUGCUCUGUACGAUGGGUUCUUGAAUGUGUACGAUGCGAAGCUGCAGUUUGAGGGGAAGGAUUGGUUUGCUUGCCCAGUCGAUGAAUUCAACACUGGGUACGGCAUCUGGGCUCAGAGUCGUGUGGAGGCAUCACAGGCAGGCGAAGGUUGCAUCUGCUUUACAUGGCACGUUUACCAGCUCGCCAACGACGUCGUCAAGGCAUGGCAGUAUUUGUAGAUGAACGCUCUGAAUUGCGUGGCGCAGCGUAGUAGCAUCGUGGGUUGAUUAGAAGAACCAUGGCAUUGUAGAUUACUUCACGCUUCAGCAUGUUCAAAUUCACAUCUAGCCAAGUU